GAAUUCCAUCUGCAAUUUAAUCCACAACACGAAAUUUCAAAAAUCAUCUCACAAUGGCAUCCAAAAGCAACCCCAAUGUUCCUCAAAAGAAGCGCAAGGUCGCAAACCGAGCAAAGACUCAACGCAAGAAUGCCAUCAACAAGAUUACCAAAAACCCAAGAGGCACCAGAGCCAGUACUGUUCUACACCCUACGAGUGGACCUUUAGCACCUUUGUCCGGAAAGAAGGCUCGUAAGGUUCAAAAAGCGCAAAACUGUGCACGUCAAAGAGCAUUGGAGCAGGCAAUGAAGGAAGGAGAUGUCAAUAUGACUGAAGCGGCAGAGACUAUAUUCAAAGAAGCCAACGAGGGAAUGGAGGUUGAUCGCGUUGCAUGAAGGAUUUAAUCACCGCAUGGGAUAAUGGAGUAAUGGCGAUUGGAGUUACGGUCAAAAUCUCGAGAAUUGCGUGUCAUAACGAGGAUAUUAGGGUUUUACUACAAGAGAUGCGCAAUAUGGAUGUUAUACCUGAAGGAACUUUGUUGAUAUUUCAUGAAUAUAGCAUAUUUGCAGAAGAAUAGCAACGCGAGAUUUAUAACUCCAAUGUAUGAAGAAAAGUAAAAUUUACAAAUUUCUUCGCCUUCCUGCA